AUGGCCCAAUCGACGGCUCACCGACGUCUCCUACAGGAAUACCGCGCCCUGACCAACAAUCCCCCCGAUGGCAUCACGGCCGGCCCCGUGUCGGAGGAUGACCUUCUCCAGUGGGAAUGCCUGAUCCAGGGGCCUGACGACACACCCUUCGAAGGAGGUGUUUUCCCCGCCGAGCUCAAGUUCCCCAAGGAUUAUCCUCUCUCCCCCCCUUCGAUGAAGUUUCUCGUCGACAUGUGGCAUCCAAACGUAUACCCCAGCGGCCUGGUCUGCAUAUCCAUCCUUCACCCGCCCGGCGACGACCCAAACCACUACGAACAGGCUUCGGAGCGCUGGUCGCCCAUCCAGUCUGUCGAGAAGAUCCUUAUUAGCGUCAUGAGCAUGCUCGCUGAGCCGAAUGACGAGAGUCCCGCCAAUGUCGAGGCUGCCAAGAUGUGGAGGGAGCGGAGGGACGAUUACGAGGAAAAGGUCCGUGAGGGGGUUCGUCGCAGCCUCGGUCUCUGA